AUGAACGUAAAGCUAAAGGUACCUAAUAAAAGAUUAAAUAUUUCUUUGGAAACAACACCUGAUUCAGCUUUGAAGGAGAAUCUUACUCACAUUUUUAUGAAAUUGACGGACCUAGAUAGGCAAAGGAGUGAACGGUGUCUAGAAGAGAAAGACUGGAAUCUUAAAAAUGCCCUGGAGUAUUUCAUAAAACUACUGAAACUGAAUCACAUAGACCUAUUGUUUACUACAUAA